GCCGAUUUCCAGCGUUUCCACCAUUGCUGUGCUGUGGGAUGCCACUGUGCCGUCCAGAGUGUGCGUGCGUGGUCGAAUCCGCCAUCGUUCGUCGAACAUUGCAAGACUGCGCUGCAGAAGCUUCCUUGGCUGGAGCUGCUGCUGUGAUAUCACAUUCGUUCCUCCCUGGCUGCCAUUCUUGCAUUUCUAGGCUUCGUAUUUCGGCUAUCCUUUACUACGUCGAGUAAUCUGCCUAGCGCGUGUAUGUUGCUGUUACCGAGAGACUUCAGAACAUCAGUUUGAAAAUACUGAGAGAACACAUUAGCCAUGGCGAGUUCCGUCGUUGUGCCGUCAGCAACGUCUGGAAUCCAGCAUGUUUCUAGCAUUCUCCUCGCUUCUCGUGACGGCUCGACUAAUCGUCCGGCUCGCAUUGCACACGUGUCAGCGCGUCACCGCACCCACCUCCGCUCAGACCUCCUUCCUGGAAGCGUCUCCACCCUUCGCUUCUCCCCGUCAGCUUUCCCCGUCCAUCGCUCCACGUCGUCUCGCUUCGUUAAAGUCACAUCGGUUUUAGCGAAGGACGACGUGGUUGUGACGGGCGACGAGGGGUCGCAGGGCCAGCAGAGUCGCACGGAGUCGUUCCUGCUGGCGGUGGAAGAGGGAGAGAAGCGCGUUAAGGAGCUGGAGGGCAAAGUGGACGUCAAGCGACGCGCGCUGGAGCAACUACAGGCUGACAUCAACAAGCUCUACUCUGAGACAUUCGCUGGCGUGGAGAUUGCACCUGAAGCACCGGCAGCAGGCGAAGAGGAAGGAAAGGAAGCGGAGAAGGUCCAACAGCCUGCUGCUGCUGGUGCUGAUGUUCCCCCGCGGGUGUUCGAGAGCAUGGAUGAGGAGGCAUGGGGCAAUCUGGGCCGUUCAGAGCCAUCCGUGUUGAAGGCGCUGAUUGAGUCGGUGGACCGGCGAGCAUGGACGGCGUUCCAGCGGGACGUGCACAGCUUGGCGCUGACGCGAGACCGCACCAGGCAGGAGCUCCGACAGCUGCAGGACCAGCUGGACGAGGCCCGCGCUGUUGCUGCUGCUCCUAUGGAGGAGUCAUCAGCAGAGUCGGACUCGGAGGCAGAGGGGCCGGAAGUAGUGAUCCCUGGGCUGGGCCCCAGGGCGGAGCGCAGGACAGCCAACAUAGUGCUGGUGGCGGGGUUUGAGUCGUUCAACGUGGCGCUCUACAAGGAGGCAGCGGCGCAGCUGCGAGCCAAGUGCCCCGGUAUUCGUCUCUCUGUCUUCUCCAAUCGUGACAUACUCUCUAAGAGCAAAGAGAUGGAGGCGGCCCUUGCGCGAGCAGAUGUGUUCUUUGGCAGCCUCAUAUUCGACUACGAUGAGUGUGAGUGGCUGCAGCAGCGCAUUCAGCGCGUCCCCAUCCGUCUGGUGUUUGAGUCGUCUCUCGAGCUCAUGGCCUCCACCACACUCGGCAGUUUCGCAAUGUCAGGCGGCAAGAGCCAGGGCAUGCCAGCGCCGGUGAAGGCGGUGCUAUCCAAGUUCGGCGGGGGGCGCGAGGAGGACCGCAUGGUGGGGUACCUGAGCUUCCUCAAGGUGGGCCCCAAGCUGCUGCGCUUCAUCCCGGGCAAGAAGGCGCGCGACCUGCGCAACUGGCUCACCGUGUACGGCUACUGGAACCAGGGCGGGCUCGCGAAUGUGGUCAACUUGUUCCUGUAUCUCAGCAACGAGUACCUGCUCCCCACGGGGGUUACGGCCGGUGCUCCCAUGGAGACCCCGCCGCUUGGGCUGUACCACCCUGAUUACGACGGCUACUUCACCUCCCCCAGCGAUUACCUGCGCUGGUUCCGCGCAUCCCAGAAGGGCCUCCCCCCCUCGGCUCCAGUAGUGGCCCUGCUGUUAUACCGCAAGCACGUGGUGACGCAGCAGGCGUACAUCCCGCGGCUCAUCCGCAUGGUGCAGGAGGCGGGGCUCAUCCCGCUGCCCAUCUUUAUCAACGGCGUGGAGGCGCACACGGUGGUGCGGGACCUGCUCACCACGCAGUACGAGCAGGAGGAGAGAAGGAAGGGCGUGAUGGCCACAUCGUCGCUGUCAAGAGACGCUGUGACCGUGGAUGCUGUGGUCAGCACCAUCGGUUUCCCAUUGGUGGGAGGACCCGCUGGUUCCAUGGAGGGCGGCCGCCAGGCAGAGGUGGCCAAGGCCAUCCUGCUGGCCAAGAACGUGCCGUACAUAGUGGCGGCGCCGCUGCUCAUCCAGGACAUUCCCAGCUGGAAGCGCGACGGCGUGCAGGGGCUGCAGUCCGUGGUGCUCUACUCGCUGCCCGAGCUGGACGGGGCCAUCGAUGCCGUGCCCCUAGGAGGGCUUGUGGGCGAUGGCAUCCACCUGGUGCCAGAGCGUGUGAGGCGGCUGACGUCUCGGCUGUGGAGCUGGAUCAACCUGCGGCGCACCGAGAAAUCCCAGCGCAAGGUGGCCAUCGUGCUAUACGGCUUCCCCCCUGGCGUCGGCGCCACUGGCACAGCUGCUCUGCUCAAUGUGCCCAAGUCACUGGAGGCGCUGCUCAAGCGGAUGCACGCGGAUGGCUACGACCUAGGCCCAGCAGGGGAGGCGAUAGCCCGAGACGGAAUCAACGGUGAGGAUCUGAUCUCGCUGCUGCAGGAGCUGGACGCGGACAGGGUGGUGUCGGCAGGGGAGAAGGGCCCGGAGCUGGCGCUCAAGGCCGUCAACGACAAGCUGCAGCGCGCAGAGGACGGACCGCGGAGCAUUCCCGAGGGAGUGGUGCCCGUGGCGGAGUGCAUUGACUGGCGGCAGCUCAGAGACUGGAUUGGGGAGACGCUGACAGGGCGCAUGGAGAGGGCGUGGGGCGAGCUGAGGAAGAUCCGCGCCAUCCACUGCGAUGCUGAGGGCAGGAGCGUCAUCAGCGGCAUCCAGCUGGGGAACGUGUGGAUCGGGGUGCAGCCGCUGCUGGGGCUGGAGGGUGACCCCAUGCGCCUACUGUUUGAGCGCGACCUCACCCCGCACCCCCAGUACGCAGCCUUCUACAAGUGGCUGCAGCGCGGGAUGCAGGCCAACGCGGUGGUGCACUUUGGCAUGCACGGCACCGUGGAGUGGCUGCCAGGCAGCCCGCUGGGGAACACAGGCCUCUCCUGGUCGGACGUGCUCCUGGGCAACCUCCCCAACAUCUACAUCUAUGCGGCGAACAACCCGUCCGAGUCCAUCAUCGCCAAGAGGCGCGGCUACGGCACCAUCGUGUCGUACAACGUGCCGCCGUACGGGCGAGCAGGGCUGUACAAGGAGCUUGCAGGCUUGAGGGAACUGAUCUCUGAGUUCCGGGAGGAUCCUGUGAAGAACGAGUCGCUGAAGCCAGCCAUAGUGGGCGCGCUGGUGACGGCGGGAAUGCAGGCGGACUGCCCCUUCGUGCCGUCGGACGGCUCCAAUGGUGGCGAGGCGGUGUUUCUGGACGAGGAGAGCAUCGAGGAGGUGACUGAGGAGGACUUUGAGAAGUACCUCGUGAAGCUCUAUGAGUACCUGGCGGUGGUGGAGAACCGUCUGUUCUCAGAGGGGCUGCACAAUCUGGGCCGUCCACCCAAGGAGGAUCAGAUGGUGCAGUACCUGUCGGCCUACUUUGGCGAUGACCUCGACGAGACGGCCAUAGAGGCAGUUGCACACACUCACGGUGACCUGGCAGAGGUUCGGCAGCGCUUGGAGCAGCUGUACCUGAGGGACGGCGUGGUGCUGCCCGCACGGGAUGCUGAGGUGGACGCCCGUGUGGCGGAGGCGGUGAGCAUCAGACAGCUGCUGGCGCGCAACACAGAGGAGAUGGACAACGUGCUGAGGGGGCUGGAUGGUGAUUACGUGCCUCCUGCUGUGGGGGGAGACCUGCUCAGAGAUGGGCCAGGCGUUCUCCCCACGGGCCGCAACAUCCAUGCGCUAGACCCCUACCGCAUGCCCUCAGCAGCUGCAUGGGAGCGCGGCAGUGCCAUAGCGGCCAACAUCAUUCAGCAGCACGUGGACCAACAUGGUACAUACCCCGAGACCAUUGCCGUCAUGCUGUGGGGGCUUGACGCCAUCAAGACGCGUGGCGAGUCUGUUGCCAUAGCCCUUGCGCUUGUGGGGGCCCACCCUGUGAAAGAGGGCACGGGGCGAGUGGUGCGCUUUGACCUCACUCCCCUGGAGCAGCUGGGCCGCCCGAGAAUAGACGUGCUCGCCAACCUCUCAGGCAUCUUCCGAGACAGUUUCGCCAAUGUGGUGGAGCUGCUAGAUGACCUGUUCAGGCGGGCAGCAGAGGCGGAUGAGCCAUCGGAAAUGAACUUCAUCAAGAAACACUCGCUGGCGCUGCAGGCUGAGGGCAUUGAUGCUUCAACGGCCAGGAUCUUCUCCAAUCCAGCGGGCGACUACGGAUCAAUGGUCAAUGAGCGCAUCGGCGCAGCUGACUGGGAGAACGGGGAGGAGUUGGGGGACACGUGGCAGUCUAGAAACUCCUUUAGCUAUGGCAGGGGCGAGCAGGGCGUGGCUCGACCCGAGGUGAUGCGCAAGCUGCUGCAGACGACGGACCGCAUCGUGCAGGAGAUAGACAGCGUGGAGUACGGGCUCACUGACAUCCAGGAGUACUAUGCCAACACGGGCGCCAUGAAGAAUGCUGCAGAGACUGCACGCAAUGGGGCUAAGGUGUCCUGCAGUGUGGUAGAGACAUACGGCAAGGACCUGCGCCCGCGAGACCUGGAAGCCACGUUGAGACUCGAGUACCGCUCCAAGCUGCUGAACCCCAAGUGGGCGGAGAGGAUGGCAGCGCAGGGCAGCGGCGGCGCAUACGAGAUUUCGCAGCGCAUGACAGCGCUGCUGGGGUGGGGCGGCACCACGGGCUUCCAGGAGGACUGGGUGUUCGACCAGGCCGCUGACACUUAUGCUCUGGAUGAUGCCAUGGCCGCCAAGCUCAGGAAGAACAACCCCCAGGCCUUCCAGAACAUUCUGAAACGCAUGCUGGAGGCGGCGGGGCGCGGCAUGUGGCAAGCGAGCGACGAGGUGAUUGAGAAGCUAAGGGAGCUCUAUGCUGAGAUGGACGACGAGCUGGAAGGGGUCAAGCUGCGCUGACGAGCUCCAAGGGGUCGAGCUGCGCUGACGAGCUCCAAGGGGUCGAGCUGCGCUGACGAGCUCCAAGGGGUCAAGCUGCGCUGACGAGCUCCAAGGGGACAAGCUGCGCUGACGAGCUCCAAGGGGUCAAGCUGCUGUGACGAGCUCCAAGCUUAGAGCGUAUUCCUUAAAACCACAGGCUAAAGAAGCACACCCUGGGUGCUCUUGAAAACUCUGUUUUUUGGGGGUCAGAAUCUACUGCCCAGCCUGGAGCACUUUGUACCAAAUGAAACGAAAAAAAAAGGAGUGCGACA